AGGUAUAGCAGCAUUCCUAACAAGGCAGACUGGAAAAGCAUGCUGGAAAGAAAUGAGCUGAACUUUCCUGAAGAAGUCAAUAAGAGUCAUUAAUUAGAUCUAGAGAAGUCUGAGAUGAAAGCAAUUUUGUGCUGGGCUUGCAAGAAGACUAUUCAUCAUGUCAAGAGUAUGGUUGUACUUGAGAUUAAAAAGACAAAGCUGGAUCCAUGGUAUUUCUUCCUCUCCUAAAGCCCUCUGAUGUUGGAUGUUAAAGCAAUUGGUCUGUAAUUUUCUGGGUUUAUGCAAUCUCUUCCUGGUUUGUGUAUUGGAAUUACAACAGCCUCCUUUCAGCUUUGUGUGGUAGUCCUGUCAUUUCGGCUGAUUUGUGAGAAACAUGAUUAAACUGGGCCGAGCAUGGACCGAAUCCGCCCCGGCUCACGGUCUGCAGAUCCGGCGAGGCGCGCGGAGACCGAAACCGAACCAAGCGGGCCGGAACCAGCCCGACGCCUGUCAGCAGCAGCGCAAGCAGACGGCGGGCCCGACUCUGCUGAUCCAGAGGCAGGAGAUGGUCGCCUUCUUCAGACUGUUCGAUGAUGAUCUGAUACAGGAUUUUCUGUGGAUGGACUGCUGCUGCAAACUUACAGACAAGUAUUUGCUGGCUAUGACGUUUGUGUACUUCAGGAGGGCUCGUUUCAGUGUUGGUGAACACAACAGAAUGAAUUUCUUCAUUGCCCUUUAUCUGGCGAACACAAUGGAAGAGGAUGAGGAGGAGACCAAGUAUGAGAUCUUCCCCUGGGCUCUUGGAAAGAGCUGGAGGAAACAUUUCCCUCGAUUCCUAAAGCAAAAAGACCAACUGUGGGCACGCAUAGAGUACCGAGCUGCUGUCAGCAGACGAUGCUGUGAGGAGGUAAUGGCUAUCGUGCCAUCUCACUUCAUCUGGCAGCGUGAGCGUGCAGAACAUCACAGUGGAGCUCAGAGACUGUACCGAACCCAGGAGGAGAUCCUCAUUCCCCGUGGACCCUCUGUUUCUCCAGAGCCUUGUUCUCUAUGUGCCAAGACCUCUGCUCAUCCCCGGCCUCGUCCAUCCUCUGCUGGAGCCCGCUCUUCAGCAGUGCCCCUCGAAACUACCCCACAAAUGUCCCAAACCUCUCGCAGACCUAGUAAGAUGACAGAGGCUAAGCUCACCUGUAACUGCACAAAUAGAGCAGGAGGUGAUGUGACCAGUGAAAUGUGUCGAGAUCAUUCGAUGGACUGGAUCAGUGAAGAGUAGCUCAGCUGCAUGACAAGUCAGAGGCACUUUAGGAGUAUUAGUCUCUAAACUGACCUUAUGCUAUACAGCACUUGAAUGAAUAAUGUCAUUCAUAUGUGAUCUAAGGAAUGUCAGAAAGUCUUUGUAUUCCUUGAUGUAUCAUAAAAAAAAAAAAAUCAUUAUUUAUUCCUUAUUGUUGUACAAAGAACUUCAUAUCUCUGGACCUCUCAAUCAGCCCUUUAUCGUAUUCAGGGGGAUUCUCUUAUACAAAAGUGUAAAUGAAAUGUUAACUGGUUUAUUGACCACUGAAAUGCUUUGCUGCAGUAAGUGAAUGUCUUAAUGAAACAAGCAUAACAUCUGAUUGAAACAUAA